UUUGUAUUUUUAGCCAUGGCAUCUGCAGAACUAAGAGAUGAACUGACCUGCUCCAUCUGCCAGGACAUUUAUGCCGAUCCAGUAACCCUGCCCUGUGGCCAUAACUUCUGCCGGGGCUGCAUUAGGAGACAUUGGGACUGGCAGAAGAGCAUAGAGGAAGAUCCAUCAUGUCCUGAAUGCAGGCAGAGAUACAGGAUAGAACCUGAACUAAUAACGAAUGAGGAGCUGGAUAACAUUGCGAAGAAAUUCCUUUCUAUUCCCCCAAAGCAUGAUGGGCCUGACAUGUCUUGGAACUGUCCUGUACACAAUGAACCCCUAAAGUAUCACUGCUGUGAGGAUGAGGCCUGUGUCUGUGCCUCCUGCUGCCUGUUUGGAGAUCACAAGGGCCACAGGGUGGAGCUGCUGAGUGAGGCCUCUGAGAAGAAGAAAGAGAAACUGAGGAAAGUUCUGGAGAAACUGAGCCCAGAGAGAGAGGAGACUGAGAGAGGAGCCCAGAGGCUGCAGGAGCGCAGGAGAAAAUUAGAAGAAAAAUCCGCCAUUGAGACAGAGAGAGUCACUGCCCUGUUUAGGGGCAUCAGGGAAGAGCUGGAAGCGCUAGAGAAGCGACUCCUGAGUGACAUCUCCAGGCAGAAAGAGGAGCUCACACUCACACUCACUGAGCUGAUCCAACAGCUGGAAAUAAAGAAGGACGAGCUGUCCAGGAAGAUCCGGCACAUUGAGGAGCUGUGCAACAUGGCAGAUCCACUCACUGUCCUACAGGAACAAUGGGAAUCCCAUGGAGCUGACUUUUGUGGGGCUGAGGAGGCAGAUAAUGUAGAUGAUCUGGAUGUGGGUCGGAUCUCAGAGACAUUACUCACAGGCUUAGCUGGGAUUGUCACUGGGCUAAAGGGAAGGAUCUAUGGGCAGGAGGCUACAGAGCUGGUUCUGGAUACAAACACGGCUGGGAGUCAUGUAUCUGUAUCAGGGGACGGGAAAUCUGCCUCCUGCUCACAUACAGACCAGUGUUACCCACAAACCCCUAUGAGAUUUCAGGUUCCUCAGGUUUUAAGCACCAGGAGUUUCCCCUCAGGGCGACAUUACUGGGAAGUGGAGGGCAGUGAGUCAGGGAGCUGGAAGGUAGGGGCGGCCUAUCCCAGUAUAGAGAGGGGAGGGAUAGAGUCCUGGAUUGGAGAGAAUAACAAGUCCUGGUGUUUGUAUAGACAGAGGAACAACUAUUCAGCGAGACAUUACAGUAAAGUAACCAACUUACCCCAUGUCCCUUCCUGCAGCAAAAUCAGGAUCUCAUUGGACUAUGAGGCUGGGCAUCUGUCCUUCUAUGAGCUGAGUGAGCCAAUCAGGCACUUGCACACCUUCACUGCCUCCUUCACUGAGCCCCUUCAUGCUGCAUUCUGGGUAUGGAGGCAUGAUGCCUGGGUGAGGAUUAGUAGUUAGGGUACUACUGAGUGCCCAACAAUGAAACCCAUUCCCAAUGCUACCCUUAGUGUGUGGUGGGGCCAUAUUUACACUAGGCACUCAUUUGUCUUUGUCUAUCUGUGCCUUGCAUGCAUUUAUAUGUGUAAUUCAUCAUGUAUGUCUCUAUUCUUAGUUAUAAGCCGCUUUAUCCUAACGUGUUACUUCAUUUUUACAAUGUUUAAGAUUUUAAACCCACUUGCUACACAAAAAUAUUAUCCAAAUAGUUUGUUGGGAUUUGCAAUUCAUGAUGCCAAGACAGAGGAAAUACAAUAUGGCAGUAUAUAAUACACAGGCUAUUUAUAUAGUGAACAAUGACCCCCUAUUGUAAAAUAUAAGGAUAUGUGAAGUCACCAAGGAGUUUCAUGGCCGUAUAAAAGCACAAGAAAGUGCUUUUAUACAGGUCAUGUGAGCCAUGUGACACCGAUUACUAACUCCCACCCCAACACCCCAUCCACCUCUGCCCAACUUAAGAUAACCUAUGAUCUUGCUCUCAUGGUAUAAUAUAGUUGCUACCCACCUACAUGGCCAACAAUGCCAGAAGCAACAAUAACCUAUAUAU